AUGGUACAGUCUACGCGACAGCCGAUUUUGCUAGGGUUGACAGAACCCCUGAGGACGAUCGUGAACGGAAAGUUCGUUCGAGCAAGAGCAAACCAGGAUCUACUCUUCUCUGAGACACAGCUGUCCGUUAUACAUAGCAAAGAAUUAGACAUUACAAUACAAUUGAGGUAUUGCCCUGCGCUCAAAUCGAAACCAAAACAAACACAACAUGAACAGACAGCAAAGAAAUUUGACCCGUUCGAAGACCCAGCACCUGGGCUGCUGAUAGAGCGAAUCCCACCACAAGACCACUCACACAAUCUUGUACUGAACAAGUAUCCCGUGAUUGAGAACCACUUUAUUGCAGCCACAAAACAUAAUAAGCCGCAGAGUGACUUGCUCGAGGAAGAUGAUCUGUACGCCACCUACGCCUGCCUACGAUCGUGGCAGGAAGACAUCGAGGAUGACUCUCGACGUGCUCUGUUCGCGUUCUUCAAUUCCGGCGAGCACUCUGGAGCAAGCCAGCCACAUCGUCAUCUGCAAUUCCUUCCAGUCGAGAACAUGAUCAGCGACGACGAAGCUGGGUGGGGAUUGUUGUGCGAUUCCAUGACCUUUCCAGCUCACGACGGUCUACCAUUACUGCAUAACCCGAACUUACCGUUUAUACAUUUCGCCACCAAACUCGGAAUUGGCAUGGACGGACGUGCUCUCUCUGAAAAGUACAUGCUGCUCAUGAAGGCCGCAUUUGCUACCAUUAACGCGGGCUGUGAUCUGAGCAAUAUUGACAAAAUUAGUAUGAGCCCAGACAAGGGGUCUGCCUUUAGCUACAAUCUUGCAAUGACGACCGAGAUAAUGGCGAUUCUGCCUCGCAAGGCAGAGGCUGGAGUAAUUACCGGAACAAGCGACGGCAUCGUCUUCGUGAAUGGGACAGUUCUCGCAGGCACUAUGAUGGUAAAAUCCGAGGAUGACUUUGCACGACUUCGUGAAGAACCUGAGCUCGUCCAGCAGGUACUUAGACACAUCACGUAUCCGGUCAGAACAACACGCAUGUAA